GAAAAAACAGACAGAGGUAAUCAAACGGCCAAAAACAACCGCACCCGGCAAAUCCAACGGUUAUCCUUUCUUCUUCAACCUCUCGCCGGUAAUAAAAUCACUCACAAUCUGUAAUUCUCAGUUCAAUUGUUUUCUUCAUUUCCUCCAUAAUUUUUUCUCUCAAAUGGCAAUAAUCGAACACCAUCUUCGACCCUUUAUUCAUGUACAAAUUUCUUUAAAUUUUCAGUAUAAUCCAAAGUAUUUUUACAGACGUACUAUCUUCUGCAAUCGCUAUGGUUUUUUACACGAAAAACCCAUUUCUUUGAUCUCCCAAAAGACCCCUUUUCGUUCAAAUGCUAUAUUUCCAAAAUCCCUUUCUGGGUUUGAUUUUUUGGGGAAAAAGAAUUCAAAGAAAAAGUUAACCCCACGUGAAAUUAGUGUUCAGGCUAAUGGGUCCUGUGAACAAGAUUCGGAUUCAACGGAAAAAUCUGAAUCUUCAGGUACAGAUAGCAAGAAAUCUCCGGGUUCAGAACCGGGUUCUCGGGUCCCUAAUUCGGGUUCGUCAAGAAGGGAGAAGCAAGGGAAAGAUAAUUGGUGGUGGUCGAAGGGGAGGAAAUUGAGGUGGGAACCGAUAGUUCAAGCUCAAGAAAUUGGGGUUUUGUUAUUGCAAUUGGGGAUUGUGAUGUUUGUUAUGAGAUUACUACGACCCGGUUUACCAUUACCCGGGUCGGAUCCUAGAGCUCCGACAAUGAUUGUAAGUGUUCCAUAUAGUGAGUUUUUGAGUAAGAUAAAUAGUAAUCAGGUGCAGAAAGUUGAGGUUGAUGGUGUACAUAUAAUGUUCAAAUUGAAGAGUGAAGUGAGUAGUAGUGUUAUAGAGAAUGAGGUUGUGAAUGUGAAUGGAAAUGAAAAUAGUAAGUUGCAGGAUUCUGAGGCAUUGCUAAGGAGUGUAACUCCUACAAAGAAAAUUGUGUAUACUACCACGAGGCCGAGUGAUAUAAAGACCCCUUAUGAGAAAAUGCUUGAGAAUGAUGUUGAGUUUGGUUCUCCCGAUAAACGGUCUGGUGGAUUCAUGAACUCUGCUUUGAUAGCAUUAUUUUAUAUUGCUGUACUAGCGGGGCUUCUUCAUCGCUUCCCAGUGAAUUUUUCUCAGAGCACAGCUGGUCAGCUCAGAAAUCGCAAGUCAGGGGGUUCAGGUGGCACAAAAGUGUCUGAACUAGGGGAAACUAUCACAUUUGCUGAUGUUGCAGGUGUUGACGAGGCUAAGGAGGAGCUAGAAGAAAUUGUGGAAUUUCUUAGAAAUCCGGAUAAGUAUGUACGGCUUGGUGCACGUCCUCCUCGUGGUGUUCUACUGGUAGGUCUCCCCGGGACAGGAAAGACCCUUCUAGCAAAGGCCGUUGCUGGGGAAGCUGAGGUUCCUUUUAUCAGUUGUUCUGCAAGCGAGUUUGUAGAAUUGUAUGUUGGAAUGGGAGCAUCACGUGUACGUGACCUGUUUGCACGGGCAAAGAAGGAGGCACCUUCAAUAAUUUUUAUCGAUGAGAUAGAUGCUGUCGCAAAAAGCCGUGAUGGAAAAUUCCGCAUUGUAAGCAAUGAUGAAAGAGAGCAGACAUUGAACCAACUACUCACUGAGAUGGAUGGAUUUGACAGUAAUUCUGCUGUAAUUGUUCUUGGAGCAACAAAUCGCUCUGAUGUCUUAGACCCUGCUCUUCGCCGACCUGGGAGAUUUGACCGUGUAGUGAUGGUGGAAGCUCCUGAUAGGUCUGGAAGGGAAGCUAUCUUAAAGGUACAUGUCUCCAAGAAAGAACUUCCCUUGGCACAAGAUGUUGAUCUUGGUAACAUUGCUUCUAUGACUACUGGUUUUACGGGGGCAGAUCUUGCAAAUCUGGUGAAUGAAGCUGCUUUGUUGGCAGGAAGGCUUAGUAAAGUUGUAGUUGAAAGAGUUGAUUUCAUUCAAGCUGUUGAGCGUUCAAUUGCGGGCAUUGAGAAGAAGACUGCCAAACUGCAGGGAAGUGAGAAGGGUGUAGUUGCAAGGCAUGAAGCAGGGCACGCGGUAGUUGGGACUGCUGUUGCAAAUCUUCUUUCUGGGCAGCCACGGGUUGAGAAGCUGAGCAUAUUGCCAAGAUCUGGAGGGGCUUUAGGAUUUACUUAUAUUCCUCCAACCAAUGAGGACAGAUAUCUUCUCUUUGUUGAUGAAUUGCGUGGGAGGUUGGUCACUCUUCUUGGUGGACGUGCUGCGGAAGAAGUAUUGUACUCUGGACGUGUAUCUACUGGUGCUUUUGAUGAUAUACGCAGAGCUACAGACAUGGCCUACAAGGCAGUGGCUGAAUAUGGUCUUAGUCAGACCAUUGGCCCUAUCUCAGUGGCAACACUUUCUGGAGGUGGGAUGGAUGAUGGUGGAUCCAUGUCCUGGGGAAGGGAUCAGGGGCAUCUUGUUGAUCUUGUUCAAAGAGAGGUCAAGGCUUUACUGCAGUCUGCACUUGAUAUUGCACUCUGUGUUGUACGUGCUAAUCCCAAGGUUCUUGAGGGGUUGGGAGCUCAAUUGGAAGAGAAUGAGAAAGUAGAAGGUGAACAACUACAAGAAUGGUUGAGCAUGGUCGUUGCACCAGCAGAACUUAAUUUUUUUAUAAAGGGCAAACAAGGAUCUUUACUUCCACUGCAAGCAGGCUCUGGAUGACAGAAAGUGCAAGCUUAACACAGUCAAAAGUACAAAAACGAAUUUCGAGUAAGGACUUCCACGCCUUCAUCUGUGCUCUCAAGGGAAACAAAGCUAUAUUCCUGAACCAGAUGGGCAUCACUUGUUGGCAUCCAGACAGCGUGAUUUUGCAUGUGUUAGUAAGGUAAUUGACAGCUACUUAACUCCUACAAACACCAUUGUUAUAUACCACGAUCACAGAUUGGUAACUCGAAGUGAAGGCGUACACAAAAGAUCUAGCCAAGAGUUUGUUGGUUCUAGAGGUGAAAUGAAAAGUAGGCUCGUGACCUGAGUGAUGUCGGUUGGUAUUUUCUUCUACAUCACUUGUACAUGUGCCAAUUAUUCUUAGUAUUUACACAAGAAUCAAUACCUUUAUAUUGUAAUAUACAUCUGUACUGCAGCUUACAAAGAAGCAAUCCAUGUCUAAUGUUGUGGGAGAAGGUGAAACUGUGUAUACAAUGUUAUCUUUCUGAUUAUGAGACAAAGUAUCAGUAGGUUGCCAUAAUCUUUGACUUGUGUAAAAUUACAAGUAUUGGAUGAGGUAA